AUGGGUCAAAAAGCUUCAACCCCUCAACCAGGGGCCAAAUUACAAGUCAUCGGUGCAGGUCUCUCUCGCACCGGUACGGCGUCCUUCAGCGCCGCCUUGAACAUUCUUCUUGACGGACCUGUCUACCAUGGUGGUACGCAGAUAACAAUGGGUCCGUCAACCGAGAUUAAAUCAUGGAUUACUAUUCUACGCGACUGGCUAUCAGGCAAAAAUCACCAGAAGGUUCUUACCAUGAUGAAAGACCGAACAGAUGGCUACGUUGCUAUAACCGACGCUCCUGGCACUCAGUUCGUGCCAGAGCUCUUGGAGAUUUAUCCCGACAGCAAGGUUAUCUGUACAGUUCGCGAUCCUGAUGCAUGGGUCAAGAGCAUGGCCCAGAUUGAGGGAUUGGCUACAUUGUGGUUUCUACGCGCUGUUCUCCUCCCACUUCCUGGAAUGCGGCACUUUGUCGAGUAUAUCUCGGUCUUGCAAGCGCAGUGGGAUAAGGUGUAUAACAAUGAGCGUGCGUUUGAUAUCAUAUGGUAUCGACACAUUGAGUGGUUGAAGGAGAUAGUGCCCGAGGAUCGUCUGGUGUUCUACGAUGUGCGGGAAGGUUGGGAGCCUCUUUGCAAAGCCUUGGGGAAGGAUAUACCUGAUGUUCCAUUCCCACGGAUCAACGACUCCAAGGCUAUUGAUCAGGUUGCGCAGUAUCAUAUUAAGCGCGGGCUAAUGAGAUGGGCGGCGGCCUUUGCGUUGGUAGGGGCUGCUACUGCUUGGUUUGUGCGCGGCUGA